UCUCUUCACCAAAAACCCUACUCUUCUUACAAUUUUCUUUGAUCCUCUCUUUCUUCAACUUUCUCCUACACCCUUAGCUUCUUUUUCAAUUCUUCUUCUCCUUCCUUCUGCUAUAAUCUUUUUCCAGUUUCUUCUCAUUUUUAUAAAACAAAAAGGUAGUCUUUCCUUUUUAGAGAUCUUUCUUUAAAGUCUAUACAAUGGGUGAUUCUUCCUCUCAAUACAUCCACAUGGUGCAUCGCUUAAUUGAGGAGUGUCUAUUAUUCAACAUGACCAGAGAGGAGUGCAUGAAAGCACUCUCCAAACAUGCAAAUAUCCAGCCAGUUAUCACUUCCACAGUGUGGAAGGAGUUGGAGAAGGAGAACAAAGAGUUCUUUGAGGCGUACAAUAAACCUAGGGAAGAAGGAUCAUCGACAGGUACAGAAUCCCAAAUGGAGAUAACAAGACAAAGAAUUCACGAUAUGCUGUUGGAUUCGUCUUCUAAAGAUACCAACGAAAACCACAGCACUUAGCUGAUAACUGUCACACCCCUUUUUAAACACUCCCAAAUUAUAUAAGUGAUAUGGAUUGUUGUGGGUUAAAAGAAUUUUUUUAAUUAAAGUGAUAAUUUGAAAUAGGUAUUAUUUUAUUGUCGCAUUUUAUUUGAAUUCCUAGUCAAAGAAAAGUUGACUCUAUUUUAUUAUUGGUCUACGAAAAUAAAGUUCGGGUAAAGAAUUUUGUUGA